GAUCUUCUUAAGCAUUCCGCUGAAAGAUGUCACCGAGCCGGAGGUGGAGCUGGAGGACCAGCGGGUCUACUUCCGUGGUGUGAGCCACGGACAAGAAUUUGAGGUGAGCUUAAAGCUCCUUCGCAGCAUCAACGUGAGCACGAGCAAGUACGACCUGGACAAGAAGGGCGUCAACUUCGACCUACCGAAGCUCGUCUCAGAGCCCUGCUGGAAGCGGCUGCUGAAAUCGAAAAA